AUGUUCCCUCGGGCUAUCCCAUUCGCUGGCAGCAUGGUUGUGAAGGAACACCAGCUGGUUGCCCUGGUGCUUUAUUUGAAGCAAUACUCGACUAAGUGGCCCUGCGACGAUCCAAGCUACGGUAUGGCUGCCAAGACAAGAAACAAGCAGGGAACUCUGGCCGUGAAAGCGGCUGAAGCCAUCAACCUUGAUGACUUGAAGCUCAAGGAGGAACUGAAGCCCGAUGUCUUUGUCACGCUGAGUAGUGCACGCGAGGUGUGUCAGGCGCGCCUCGAAAGUAAGGGCGACCUUUUGGAGAAGGAGUUCAUCGCCAGUACGGAUCAGUGGAACAAGGACUGUGAGGCGAUCGGCGAGCUCUUCACGCGGCGCCUGGGUGCCACCGAAGUGAAGCUCAGCUCCGACACAGCCGCCGAGGCAGAGAGGGAGAAGCACGAAGCAGCUGUGAAAGCCGCAGAGCAGGAGGAGCAAGAGGCACCUCCGGCACCUGAUGAAAAGGACUUGAUCGUCCUAGCGUCUUCGGAUUGGACAUGGAUCGACCAUGGCUCCAGCCACAUCAGCCAGGUUUUGGAGGAACUACGACCCGUCUUCAACUUCCUGCCGCCAGCGCAUGCCUUGGCCAGCUCUCAGCCCUCCAAGGCCGAAAGCGGCGGCGAGGCCGUGGCGGUGCCAGAAGCUCCGCCGCCCAACGAGGAGAAGCUGCGGCAGGAGAUGCGGAUCGAAAGUGUCAAGAAGGAAGAACUGGCGCGGUUGGAGAAGCACUCCGAACCCUUGCGGCUUUACCUGAUGAAGUUCGUGGUGCCAGCUUUGACGGGCGCCUUGGUGGAGCUAUGUCACGAGCAACCGGAGGAUCCAGUCGCAUACUUGGCGGAGUAUUUGGCCUUGUACUCGGAGGCCGGGUGA